AUGCUGUCGUCUCCACAGAUUUUCCGGCGCUUCUGCUGCCUGAGCGCCGCAGCUUCUUCGCCUUCGUCGGUUGCUCCUCUUUCUCAGGCCCUCACUGCGCAAAAGAAGCGUCUCAUUUUCUUAGGCUCUCCUCAGGUUUCCACUUGUGUUCUUGAUGCCCUUUUCAGUGCUUCAUCUGCCCCAGAUUCUUUGUUUGAGGUAGCAGCCAUUGUGACCCAACCGCCUUCUGGAAGAGAAAGGGGUAGAAAGUUGAUGCCUUCUCCAGUUGCACAAUAUGCCGUGGACAACGGGCACCCGUCUGAUUUGAUCUUCACACCAAUCAAAGCUGGUGAGGAAUCAUUUCUUUCCGCAUUGAAAGCUCUGGAACCUGAACUUUGCAUCACGGCUGCAUAUGGGAAUAUAUUGCCGUCAAAGUUCCUUAAAAUUCCAUCUAUGGGGACAGUCAACAUACAUCCCAGUUUGCUUCCUCUAUAUCGUGGGGCUGCACCUGUUCAGAGAGCGCUGCAGGAUGGUGUGAGAGAAACGGGAGUUUCAGUAGCAUAUACGGUCAGCAAACUGGAUGCAGGUCCAGUUAUUGCUUGUGAAAAGGUGGAAACUGAUGACCAGAUAAAGGCACCAGAGUUACUUGAGUUGCUAUUUCAGGAAGGGUCCAGACUUCUGGUCCAUGAGCUUCCGUCUAUAUUAGAUGGUUCUGCCCAAACUAAAGCGGUUCCACAAGACGAAUCUCGAGCUUCAUUGGCCCCAAAAAUAACAGCAGACGAGUCAUGGCUCUCAUUCGAUGAAAAUGCUAGAACCCUUCACAACAAGGUACGUGCAUUUUCAGGUUGGCCAGGAACCCGAGCAAAAGUUUCAGUGAUUGAUUCGAAAAGUGGUCAGCACAACAUUUUGGAACUUAAAAUUAUCACUACAAGAGUUUAUGGGAAGAGUGAAAUUCAAACUGGUGAAAUGAAUGAUGUGUUCUUUGAGAGGGGCUCAUUGGUAUUCCCAUGUGGUGGGGGUACAGCACUGGAGGUACUGGAGCUGCAACUUCCUGGUAAAAAAGUCGUAAAUGCUACCUCGUUUUGGAAUGGCUUGAGAGGCCGAAGAAUAAACAAGUUUUCAUCUCUUGCAAGUGCAUGA